UUCUUGGUUUUGACCAAUCUUUCUAAAAAAUAUUUUGUAUUUUUUUGCAAUAAUUAUUUUCUUUCUAAACACAGUAAUUUUCUCUUUAAAUAAUUUCGAUUAUUCGAUGCCUCGAGAAAGUGGUCGAUAUGACUCACAUGCCUUUCUAUUGUAAGGCUUUCUGUUGGCAAUCCUACAUCCAGGCGGAGUGUUGCUGUGUAUGUUAUCCAGUGGGGAAUCAAGAUGGCUGAAGGAUGACAAUAUACAGCUGUCAACUGGUGCGAAUGUGUAGCAUUUUAAAGAAAUUGGAGGGAAAAUGUCUCAUAUACAGUAUGUAGACGAAUUGGUAAAGGAGUACUUGCUGUUCAGAGGUUUCACUCAAACUUUGAAGGCUUUUGAUAAUGAUCUGAAGGCGGAAAAAGAAAAGGGAUUUAGGGUUGAUAAAAUAGUCGAUCAAUUAAUGCAAUACAUAUACAAUUACGAUCUGACGUCGUUGAGAGAGUUAUGGGGACACUUAGACACUAGAAUGUUUUGUCGAUUGGAAAGCCACUUUACACCUGCGGUCAGAAAGCUAGAAAAUGCUGUACUGAAGAUGUACUUGGUAAACGCAGCCUUGAAUGGCAAGCAAGACAGGCUACAUGAAUUUUUCAACAAAAUGACACCAGAGUUACAAGGUCACUCGGAAUGGAAGGACUGGUUCGCACUCAUUUUUAUCAAAAAUCCUGAAGACAAUCCAGCUUAUGCAGUUCAUUUUAGCAAGCAAUGGCAAGAUACUAUGUUGGUAUCCUUACACAAUUUCCUCGCAACAAUUUUUCAAUGUAUGCCACUACCGACAUUACUCACGAUUGACGAAGAUACAAAUAAGUUUAAACGACUGCAAGAGGAAAAUGAAACUUUAAGGCAACGGUUGAGCGAAUCCGUCAAGAUAGAAAGCAUAUCGGAUGUGAACCCAGGCCCAACGCCUCAGCACCCCCCUCUUAUGGAUGAUUUUUACAUUAUUGCUCAAGAGUCGCCGUUACUGGAAAAUCCAAAGACGUUGAGGAAUCUCAUACGGAAUAUUGGCGGUGGGUCCAGUCCAAUCUUAAGUAGGAAGCCUGUAAAUGUUAAAAAGAAUGUGGAGGCUGAAAUGAUCUCAACUAAACGGACAAACACAAAAGGACGGGUGAAUUCGAUUAGUAAGUCCGAGGCAGUCGCCAAGAGAAGCAUCAGCUGUGAUUCGAGAUUAAAUAGUUCUAGAAAAAGAGACUCUUCUAUGGACACUGCUAUCGAGAGAAAGACUAAGGAAAAAAUAGAUUCCAGUUAUAUUCUUUUAAGUCAGGAGGAAUAUACCGAGCAUAAAACCUCUAUAAUUCAAUGUAAAAGCAAUGCGAGUGGCUCAUAUGUCGCGACGGGCGACGCCGACGGUGUUAUCAAAGUAUGGACGCCGAUUCCUUCACCAAAGACUGUUACUACGUUUGCCUCCGCCACGGCGAUUUCUAACAAAGCUAUCACUUCGUUGGACUGGAUAUCGAAAAACGAACGCUACUUUCUGCACGGCGAUAACAACGGUUUGAUCCAAUUGCACGAUACGCGAGAUUGCAAAACACUAUGGGAUAUCCAGCACGAGAAUUCGCGGAUAGUUACUUUAAUGUGUAAUCCGACGGAAUCGACGUUCGUCUGUUCCGUAUCGAACGGCAAUGAGGGCAAACUGUUGCUGUACGAUAUAAAAACGAGAAAGCUCGAGAGAACAUUACCGUUGGAGCAGAGCGUAAUCGCUUUAUGUUCCGCUUUUAAUCAUAACGGCCAACUACUUAUCACGGGAUUGUCCAAUGGCAAUAUAUUGAUACAUGACAUGAGGCGAAACGAGAUAAUAGACAAUCUCAACUGCCAUUCUAGCCCAAUAAUUGAUAUAGAGUUAAUUAAUGACUUUACAAACAUAUGCGCCCAAAGUGAGGAUGGUAAGCUGUGCCAGAGGAGUUUAAAUCACUUCGGGAAGGUCUUGUGGGAGACCAAGAUUAAAAUCGAAAAGAACCCCGUUCACGGAAAACUAUUUACUUUCGAUCAGAGCGGCAAUUACAUGUUACUCUGCACGCAAACUGGAGGAAAUAUAUACAAGAUGCCACCGGGCCCGCAAGGAAAAAUUUUAGAGCUUGGAGGACAUAAGGGUACUCUAUGUUGCGACUGGUCGACUGCCAAUCAAUCUGGAACUUGUAUAACCGGGGGUGCGGAAGGAAAGGCACGAGUUUCAACCCUACUUUCACCAUGAUAUAGAAAUAAAAUUAGCAUUUGUGUAAAUUCAUAAGACAAAUGGUUACUGAUGAUAUUAGUUGAAGAUCUUGUAGAUAUUUAUUUUAUUCACUAUAUUAAACUCGUGUGAAUGAUUGUAGUUUAAAGUAUGUUAUUAGAUUUUAAGACAUUACACUGUAUUAUCAAAACGUUGGUAAUUCGUGUAAAGAAAAAAGAUUCAAAUAUUUUAUGAAAAGUACAAUGUAUCUCUGGUAGUAAUUACAAAUAGUAAUAACCGUCUUUUGAAAAGCAAUCAGGGACUACCAAAUGUAAAAUGUACAGAGAAUAUUAUAAUUAUUUUAAAGAGGAUCAUAAAUCUCUACGAUUAAUUAUUAUAUGAUAAUUUUACUCGUUUUUAUAAUAUAACGAAAGAAAAGUGGUGAAAGAACAAUACGGUCUCAUGUAUAAAGUUUUGAUUUAGGAAAAUUAAUUGUACAAAAAAUCAAGAAAAUGUCAAUAAAUACCAGUCAAUUUUAGUAUUGCA